AUGUUAACUUAGAUUAUAAUACAAAAAGUUAGCAUACUAUUUCAUAAAUAUGAUAAAGUAAAUUCGUAUAGAUUUUAUUUAUAUUUAAAAGAACGGUAACAUGCAAAUUAAAUAUUAUAUAGCAAUAGAAAAACUCAUUAAAUUUUCAAUUAUAAAUAAUACAAGUAACAUGACCAUUAAGAGCAACUCUCAGCAACUUUUACUAAAGAUAAGAUCGUUACUUUGAAAAACAACUUACAACUAUAAUUCUAAUUAUCAUAAAAAAUUGUUGAAUACACAAGUAAGAAAUAUUUUAAAUGCAUAUCUUAAGUGAUCAUCUGUUCCUAACUGGCAUUUAUAUACUCCAAAGAUUACUCUAUGAAAAAGUAGAAAAAAGCUUUGAAUAAUAAAAAAGAAAUUAAGUUUGAAAUAUUAAUAGUGCAGAAAAUAUUUUCAUAUCUUCAUCUUCCUGUCAAUGGCAUAUUUGUCUAUAAAGAUGGGUUUUGCUAUUUAAAUCCUAUUUUUAUUUUAGAUAUUCACUAACAUGAUCUAAGGUCAUCCUAAAUUAGAAUUUCUCUUUUUUAAGCUAUGUGA